AUGGGAGCGAGAGCGGCGGCGGCCGCGUUGGCCGUGGCCGUGCUGCUGGCGGCCUGGGGCGGCCGCGGCCGGGCCGAGAUUUGCAGGAGCAUGGACAUCCGCAACAAUCUGACCCGGCUGAACAUGCUCGAGAACUGCACUGUCAUCGAGGGCCACUUGCAGAUCUUGCUGAUGUUUAAAACCAAGCCUGAAGAUUUCCGUGAGCUCAGCUUUCCUAAGCUCACUAUGAUUACAGACUAUUUGCUUCUCUUCCGUGUGUACGGUCUGGAGAGUUUAAAGGGACUUUUCCCCAACCUCACUGUGAUCCGAGGGACUCAUCUGUUCUUUAACUAUGCCCUGGUCAUUUUUGAGAUGGUUCAUCUGAAGGAGAUCGGCCUCUACAACCUGAUGAACAUCACUCGAGGCGCUGUGCGGAUUGAGAAGAACAACGAAUUAUGUUACUUGUCCACUAUUGACUGGUCGAGGAUUUUGGAUUCUGUAGAAGAUAAUUACAUCGUGGCCAACAAGGACGACAAAGAGGAGUGUGGAGAUGUGUGUCCAGGAACUGUGAAAGGGAAGAGCAACUGUCCUCCUACUGUGAUAAACGGCAUCUUCAUUGAACGCUGCUGGACGCACGAUCGCUGUCAGAGGGUUUGCCCACCUGCCUGCAAGUCCCAGGGCUGCACCUCGGACGGUCAGUGCUGCCACAGCGAGUGUCUUGGGGACUGCACAGAGCCCAACAACCCUGAGAAGUGUGUGGCUUGCCGCAACUUCUACCUGGAAGGCAGAUGUGUGGACACCUGCCCACCCGGUUACUAUCGCUUUGAGGGGUGGAGAUGUGUGACCUUCAGCUUCUGCCAGGAGCUGCACAACAAAUGCAAGAACGCCCGGGAGUCAGGAUGUCACGUUAUCCACAACAAUGAAUGUGUUCACGAAUGCCCAUCGGGGUACAUCAUGAAUUCCAGCAACUUGCACUGCACCCCCUGUGCAGGGCCCUGCCCAAAGGUGUGUGACUAUGGGAAGGAGAAGACGAUCGAUUCGGUGACAUCGGCCCAGGAGCUCCGCGGCUGCACGGUUGUUAAUGGAAGCUUAGUGAUAAAUAUCCGUGGAGGAAAUAACAUAGCAGCUGAGCUAGAAGCGAAUCUUGGCUUGAUAGAAGAAAUCUCAGGUUACCUAAAAAUUCGCCGGUCUUAUGCCUUAGUUUCUCUUUCUUUCUUCCGUAAACUACAUCUGAUUAAAGGAGAAACACUGGAGGCUGGGAAUUAUUCCUUUUAUGCCUUGGAUAACCAGAAUCUUCGCCAACUCUGGGACUGGAGUAAGCACAACCUCACUAUUGCACGAGGCAAACUCUUCUUCCAUUAUAAUCCCAAACUAUGUUUGUCGGAAAUCCACAAGAUGGAAGAGAUCUCUGGGACUAAGGGGCGUCAGGAAAGGAAUGACAUAGCCCUGAAGACGAAUGGGGAUCAAGCUUCAUGUGAAAAUGAAUUACUGAAGUUUUCUUCCAUUAGAACUUCUCAUGACAAGAUCCUGUUGAAGUGGGAGCCAUACUGGCCUCCGGAUUUCCGUGAUCUCCUGGGAUUUAUGCUGUUUUACAAAGAAGCUCCAUACCAAAAUGUGACAGAGUUUGAUGGCCAAGAUGCCUGUGGAUCAAAUAGCUGGACGGUUGUGGAUGUUGACCCACCGCCACGGUCAAAUGAGCCCAAAGCCCAGGCCCAGCCAGGCUGGCUCCUGAGGGGUUUAAAGCCAUGGACACAGUAUGCUGUAUUUGUUAAAACCCUGGUCACCUUCUCAGAUGAACGAAGAACUUACGGUGCAAAGAGUGAAAUCAUCUACGUGCAGACCAAUGCUACCGUUCCAUCAGUCCCAUUAGAUCCAAUAUCUGUUUCCAACUCUUCAUCCCAAAUCAUUCUGAAGUGGAAACCACCCUCAGAGCCCAAUGGAAACAUCACGCACUACCUGGUGUUCUGGCAGCAGCAGGCAGAAGAUAGUGAGCUUUAUGAACUUGAUUACUGCUUAAAAGGAUUAAAACUGCCCUCAAGGACGUGGUCUCCUCCUUUUGAAUCUGAGGAUCCUCAGAAGUAUAACCAAAGUGAAAAUGAGGAUGUCAGUGGAGAGUGUUGCUCGUGUCCUAAAACAGACUCCCAGAUACAAAAGGAGCUGGAAGAGUCUGCUUUCCGCAAGACAUUUGAGAACUACCUUCACAAUGAGGUUUUUGUCCCCAGGCCGUCAAGAAAGCGAAGAGACCUUGGCUCUGUGGCAAACGCCACUGUGGUGAUACCCACCAUCGCCUCCUCUCCCAACAAUUCUGCAGCACAGUUGGAGAAUGCAGAGGAGCAGAAACCUUUUGAGAAGGUGAAGUCUAAAGAGUCUUUGGUGAUCUCUGGCCUGCGGCAUUUCACCGGGUACCGCAUUGAGCUGCACGCCUGUAACCACGAUGCACAGGAAUCCAGAUGCAGUGUUGCAGCAUAUGUCAGUGCCAGGACCAUGCCAGAAGCUAAGGCUGAUGACAUCGUUGGUCCAGUUACGCAUGAACUGGUUGAAAAAAACACUGUGCAUUUGAAGUGGCAAGAACCAAAGGAGCCAAAUGGUCUCAUUGUACUGUAUGAAGUGAAUUAUGGACGUCUUGGGGAGACAGAGGAAGCUCACUACUGCGUGUCCCGUAAGCAUUUUGCCAGUGAGCAGGGCUGUAAACUCCGUGGACUGCAGCCUGGAAACUACAGUGUCCGUAUCCGAGCUACAUCACUGGCUGGGAACGGCUCAUGGACAGAACCCACCUAUUUUUAUGUGGCCGAUUACUUGAAUGCUCAGCCUAAUAUUGCUGUUAUAAUUGUGCCAAUUAUUUUUGCCAUCAUUAUUGCUGGAAUUAUUGGAGCUGCUUAUGUGCUUGUGAAAAAGAGGCAAACUGAAGGACCAACUGGACCACUCUACGCAUCCUCUAACCCUGAAUACCUGAGCACCAGUGAUGUCUAUGUCCCCGACGAAUGGGAGGUUCCACGAGACAAGAUCACUCUCCUCCGAGAGCUGGGACAGGGCUCCUUUGGGAUGGUGUAUGAAGGGAUUGCCAAGGACAUAGUGAAGGGAGAGCCGGAGACUCGAGUAGCUGUGAAAACCGUGAACGAAUCCGCCAGCCUCCGCGAGCGCAUUGAGUUCCUAAAUGAAGCGUCUGUGAUGAAAGGCUUCAGCUGCCAUCAUGUGGUUCGCCUCCUCGGGGUAGUCUCCAAAGGGCAACCUACUCUGGUGGUCAUGGAGUUAAUGGCACAUGGAGACCUGAAAAGUUAUCUUCGCUCCUUAAGACCUGAUGCUGAGAACAACCCAGGUCGUCCACCACCAAUGCUGAGAGAAAUGAUCCAGAUGGCUGCAGAGAUUGCUGAUGGCAUGGCCUAUCUGAAUGCCAAGAAGUUUGUUCACAGGGAUCUUGCAGCUCGUAACUGUAUGGUUGCAGAAGACUUCACUGUAAAAAUUGGAGACUUUGGCAUGACCAGAGAUAUCUAUGAGACGGAUUAUUACCGAAAAGGAGGCAAAGGACUGCUGCCUGUGCGGUGGAUGGCACCGGAAUCACUGAAGGAUGGUGUUUUCACUGCUUAUUCCGAUGUGUGGUCAUUUGGUGUUGUCCUUUGGGAGAUAAGCAGCUUGGCAGAGCAGCCGUACCAGGGACUCUCCAAUGAGCAGGUGCUAAAGUUUGUCAUGGAUGGAGGAUACCUGGAUCAGCCAGACAACUGCCCGGAGAGGCUGCACAGCCUGAUGCAGAUGUGUUGGCAGUACAACCCCAAAAUGCGCCCCACCUUCAUCGAGAUCAUUGAGAUGCUGAAGGAGGACUUGCACCCCAGCUUCCACGAGGUCUCCUUCUUCUACAGUGAGGAGAACAAACCUCUCGAAACGGAGGAGUAUGAGAUGGACUUUGAGAACAUGGAGAGCAUUCCCCUCGAUCCCUCCUCAUACUCGCAGAGGGACAAAGCCCUGGGUCGGGACAAUGGACCCUCCAUGGCCCUCAAGGGGAACUAUGAAGAGCACAUACCUUACACUCACAUGAACGGUGGCAAGAAAAACGGACGGAUUCUCUCCAUGCCCAGGUCAAGCCCUUCCUAACGCUUCCCAUGUGGCCCAAGGGUUGUGUCUGCUUUUUUCCCCCUCCACAGAUCUCAGGACUCUUGUUGUUGCUGCCACAGUGUAUGACACACAUCUAUGAACUCGUCAGAUUUUUAAUCAUCUUAUGAUUAAUACUUUAUUAUUAUCUUUCUUUUGCCAAGUUGACUGGCUGUCAGUGGACUUAUCUGUGAACAUAAAUGGAAGAGGUUUCCAUGGCUGCUGUCCCUCUGUAACCAUGGUUUCAAAACAGGAAGCCACCGUGUACGUUCAACUGAAGGAGGAGCCUCCACGUUUGCCAACAAGAGACGUGAAACACGCUGGUAUCUGAGCUCCAGUGUGGAACAAAACUGCAGGACAAGAGCAUUUCCAGUCAAAUUCCAGGCUUUCAGGCAUUCACUACAGCUGAAGGAUUCAACACAUCAGACGGACGCGCCAGAUCCUCACAUUGACCAAUAGCUGCUGCUUUCAUACUUUUUCAAUGGGUUAAAUCCCAGGGGUGCGUGCGUUUGUGUGUGCAGUAUAUAUAUGUGGGGUGUAUAUGUAUAGCAAAAUAUACACCUCUGGGGUUUUGUACAUAAGUUUUGUAUGUUCUCACAGAAGCUUUCCUCUUCUCGGAAGCGUCUACUUCUCUUUCCCAUUUCCCUGGAGUGACUGAAUCCCAAACAGAUUAUUUUUAUACUGAGGACUCUUGGGAGUAGAUUUUCUCUCAUUAAAAGACAAGAAAAAAAGAUGAGGAAAAUGUGCUGGGAGCCAAAGGAGCAGAAAUCUGAGAUUUGUGGGUACCUUUCAAGACCAAACGAAGUUGGAGUCCCCUGUCCUCUCUGAGAGCCAAGUUUUCUGUCCUUACAGCAUUGAGUAUAUAUAUUGUUUGUUGUAACAUAUUUAAGAGUAUCUUUAGUUUAACUUUUAACUUCAUAUAAAUUAUUGACUGUUUAUGAUCCUUUCGGGGAGGGGAUAAUUUGGGGGAUUGUUUGGUCUUAAAGUGGUCCAAAGAUUUCAGAAUGAACUAAUUUUAGCCCAUUACCCUUUUAGGAGCUAUGAAGCACAUGUUAAGUUUAUACUUGACAAAGCUUUAUAAUACAGUUUCAUGAUUUAUACAGUGCAGUCAGCCAGCUCCAGCUGAAGCCCUGAGAUAAAGGAGUUUGGACUUCACUUGGUUGGUGAGGGCUGAAGGACACCAGAACAUCCCCAAGCCUGAGUCCUGCUACUCCUUUGCCCCCACGUCCCUUGUGUUUCCUUCUGUGCUGCAGAACCAGCCGGCAAGAGGGGACGAGCAAGAACUCUGACCUUCAAAAGAGACACUAAAGCCAAUCCAAAGCAGGAGAGCUCGAGGCUCUUGGCUCUGCACGUGAAGCAGGAGCUGAAUAGGACUGUGGUCAGCUGCGUGCUGCCCAUUGCUGCUGCUCGGGCGUCCAGCCUCGUGCUGCCUGUGGACCUUCCAUGUUCCCCUCGGAUUCCCUGUGUCCUGCCCAGGCCGCUUGCAGCUCUUCGGGAUGUCAGCUUUCGUCUUCUGGACUGUGCUUUGUUUUGCUGCUGUUUGCAUAAAAGACUGAGCUGGUCAGCAUAAGGUGUUGGGAAAUGAUUGUGAAACUAACCAUGUCUUGUGGUGGUGAUGGAGGUGCUAGCAGGGAGAAGUGCUAAAGCAAGAAGUGCAGAUGAUUGAUGUCGCAGGCCCUUGUCAUUUAGGAGGUGGUUUGAAAAGGGGAGGGAGAUGCUCAGUCCUUGAGCUGCUUUGUGCUCCCUGCCAGGAGAAAACAAGGUUCUCCUGACCCUGUGAGAGUGGGGACAUGGAACUGGUGUGUGGCUUCUUAUUCCAGCCCAGGUGGUGCUGCUGAUUCCUCCCUGUAAGCAGAUGAAAGGGGGACUUGAGCCCACUCCACUGAUGGCUGCAGCAUCAGGGGAGGAUGAUGGGCUUUGAGCACCACCGUGAGCUGUUGGGCCCUUGUGCUGGUUGCAUCUGGUCGGUUCAGCCAAAGGGAGAGGGUGCAGGUUGCUCACAAGGUUAGGUGGAAGAUACAUGGUCCAGCCAUAGGUAAGAACCUUUGCUUUCAAAAGGCCUCGUUUACAUUUCUUCUGCUUUACAAAGUAGUAACUGCUCAGCAGCUCUGUGCUACACGGCAGAAAAGACAUUCUCACACUUUUCUAAGGAAGAGAAGUUUUUCUUAUUAGAAAUUUUUUAUUUAUUUUAAUAUAUAAAACACUGUAAAAAGAAAAAACAGACAAUUUGCUUUCUUAAACACACAGAACGUGUGACUUUGUAUCCGUAAACUCUUGGCAGGUGGAUGUGGUUGGGAUUAUUUGUGUCCUGUUCUGGUGCAGUCUACCUCAGUGUUUCUUAAGGAUCAUUUUAAUAUGCACCUUUAAACCUGUUUAAAUCCUCUGGCCUGGGCCUAUUGUGGAUCAGGGAAAAUCAGUAUCAGCUGAUUCCAAUGCUGGGGACCAUUCAGGGAAGGGAAUGGGUAGAAGAAGGGUUCAUCACUGAUUUAGUGAUGAUUUACAGGGAAGGAUAGAAGCAAUUUACAGAUCUGGAUCUGAUGUUCUGAUGCCAUCCUCUUAUUUCUGUUGUGAUCUAAAACAAAGAGAGCAAAAGAGCCAUUUAAAUGUUUGGAUUUUAGGGAACGGAUGACCUAAAGGAAUAGACUGGAGCAGCGGUGGCCAGUGUGGAGCUGGGACUGACGACCCCGUGCUGCUGGGUUGGGGUAUCUCGGUCACUGCGCACAGGUAUGAUGUGACCUCCAGAACUAAACCUUCCCCAGCAUGUCCUUGUUUUGAUAACCUUGUAAGCUGCAGUCAUAUCCCGACUGUGGGAAUAGAAGAUCUUUGCUACAUCAAAACAUUGGAACCUUGUAUUGGGUCUAGGCUUAACUUCCACUGAUACUGGUUGGCCCACUGUGAACAUGCGGUUUGUGAUGCUCGGGUCCCUGCGCCGAACCCAGCGGUGCUCUGGAUCCAGUCUGUGUGUAAGGCUUAUUCCAGUCAUCCUUCCUGCAUUGUGCCAAGGGUGAGGAAGGGCAUGUGGUGCUAGUGGUGAGGAUGUUGGGUUUCCCCUUUCUGAAGACAAAAACCUAACACUAGCAGUUGCCACUGUGGCUGUUAAAGAUGGCACUCACUCGCCUAUGGAAUUAGGAAGGAUAAAUGAACAUCACCCCUAAUGCCCAGCUCUCACUGGAAAAUCCUUUACUCUCUGCUGGCAGCUGACACUUUGGUCUCUAUUGUUGGAUGAUCCUCGCCCUGGGAAUGCCCAAGUCCCUACUUGGAUCUUGCUGAUGCCUGUUCAGAGACACUGGGGGUUGUGUACCAGUUGGGAUCGCACGUGCGAGGUGAAACCUCUGUGCCCGCUGUUGUGGAGGGCUGCAUGACAAUGGUUUGGGUUGGAAGGGACCUUAAAGCUCAUUCGGUUCCAACCCCUGCCAUGGGGACACCUCCCACUGGAGCAGCUGCUCCAAGCCCCAUCCAACCUGGUGUUGGGACAGAGAACUUCCCACUUGUAGGUUCAACCUGUGCAGGAGCAGCUGUGGCCUCCUUUGUGCAGCUCUGUGACAGGGAUUGUUCCCCAUAUAGCCAGAACUUCCCCAUCUCUCCAGCCAGUGAAGCAGGAGGUUCCUGUGCUCUGCUGCAUUCCUCACUGAGCUUUGAAGCCUGAGAGGGGAGAGGUUCCUUGGAGAUGUCUGCACAUUGAAUUCAAUGGCCACUUCCUGAACGCCUCUUGUCAAUCUGGUACUUGCAGUACAGUGCAGCAUCGUGAUGCUUGGCUGCUAGGUUAGAAACGUGUCUGUCUCAGCUGCUUGUAAAUACUCCGUUGUGUUGUAAAAUAGAAGAGCUAAUAACAAACUCUGUGCCAGCACUGGGUUGGGAAAGGUGAUAGGAACUAGACUACACCAGCACGAGGUGUUUUCUGUUGGUCAGAAAGCAGCUGUGUUGCUGUGGAAGAGGCUGCUUUUAGGAUGCUGAAGGGUACUCUUCAUUUGUAUUAUAGUGAUGGGACACUUUGCUUCACUUUAGUAUGUUGUGUAUAAUGUUGGUAUCUCUUUUGGAAAGACCUCAAAAGUCGCUUAAUGUGUUACUGACCUAACGAUGAUGAAGGCAAAAAGACAGGAGCAGGAAGGGUGCUGGAGUGGUUAUACUGGAGCCUCCAUUUUAGGAGAAGGAGAGAGGCCAUCGAGUUCCCUCUUCACAUCACUGUGAUACAAAGAUGGACCCUGUGGUAUUCCGGGCCCCUCGCUGCGAGCAGUGAUUCCCGAUGCCAAGACUGGAACCUUGUCCGAGUCAGGAAGUACAAUAUCUAUGUGCCAUAUGAAAACCUUCCUCUCAAGGCUGUGCUCGGUGCUCCCAUACCCCUGUGAGAUGGGUUCAGAGCAAGAAGCUGCAGCUGACCCCUCUGAUCCUCUUGCUGUGUCCCAGCCUCCCAGGAAGCUGGGAUUUUGCAGGCAUGGCCAUGAUGGGAAUCCCGACCCCUCUGCCAAGGAGCCACUGCCCCCCAUGGAAUCCUGUGCGCGUGGUCCAGGGACAGAGCUGAUGGAUGGAUUCAAAUGGAGAUGUGGUUCUAUCAGACAUACAUGAAACCUGCAGUAAGAUUCGGUUGGUAUUUGUAGGAACUUAACUGAAUUUGGCCUUUUUCAUUACCUUCUGCUUGGCUCUGUGUGAACUCCGCUCGGAUCCCGUACGUGAGCAUCAGUGUAAGAGCAUUAACGUGUUCAACCCAUUCUGUUCCUCUCGCCUUGUCACGAGCAUCACAGGAGCAAAGCCUAUUCACACAAUUGGCUUUUGGAGGAACUUGACUGUUCAGAAGCAAUCCUAAACCCACCGUUGUUAGCAGAUCUGCUGUCGUUCAAUGUGUAUUUCCUUUUAACAUGAACCUGCUUCUCCUUCUCAAAAGUAAGCACUUAUCCCUGCAGUUUUGGCAGAUCACCUGCAGCACAAUGCAAACUCUAAGGGGGCAGGGAGAGAAAUGACUUUAAAUGGUGUAUAAUAAAGCUGGUAUUAACUCCUGCAGCCUUGGUUUAUUUGGGGGGGGUUAUUUGCGAGCAGCAGAACCUCCCUGUUCUGGCAGUGAUUUUGGUCUGAGAUGGUUUCCAAGUGAUGGUACUGAGCAGUUCUCUUAGUCCACAUGGUUCCUAUGGGAGCGAGUCCAUUCGGGAGCCCCUGGGGUGGUUCUGGUACCUAAAGAGGAACCAGUGGUAGAGUUUAAACAUGGGCGCAGAUGCUCUCGCAUUGCUGAGUUCCAGCCCCUGUUAAGUCCCAGUGUCACCAGUAAGCUUGAGCUCAGGGCUCAUUACCCAAGAGAUCCGAGCUGGACUUGGCACCAAAGCUCUCCUGUUAAUGCAGCAGCACUUCCACCAUCUUAGUGUCCAAGUGCUGCUCCCAGAACUGAGUCCCAUGGAAAACUGGGGGAUGGAGAAUGUCAGAAAGGUCAUUUCUCAGUCUAAAAGACAAAGUUAUUCCAAAAGGAAAAGCCUUUUGCUUUAGUUUAGGGAAUGGCUUUAUUCCUGCAGUAUCACAAGUGGAUUGUGCUUGAGGACCUGCAUGGAUGGGGGUACUGGACAUCAGCUUCAUCAAACACAGCCAAACAACCCCCAAUGCUUUCUGCUUACAUGUAAGAUGGUUUCAGUUACGUGGCCAGUGAUGGUUUGGGGGUGUUCUGUUCUCUUUAACCUUGCUGCUCCCACUUUGUGCCUAUGGAAGGUUCCAGGAGACAAACAGUAUGGCAGAGACCUCUGGUUUGAACUCAAAGGAUCCAACAGGCCAUGAGCUGCUUUCCAAGGAAGACAAAAGACAGAAAACUGUUCCCCUUGAUGUAUUGUUCUCAGAGAUGAGCCAAGCAGUGACGUGUACAGGAAUAUGUUUGGGUGUUAAGGAGAAAGGAGUCUUGCUGUGUCAGACGAUUGAACAAUUUAACUGUUUCUAUGAACAUGCUGAAUAAAUGAUCCAGGAGUAA